GGUUCCAUUAGUGUUUCCCCCGACCAAAUGUAUUAGUAAGUAAUAAUGUUCCUAUUGUUAUUUGUUAGUAUAGUAUUAAAAAUAACUUCCACCAUAGGCGCCAGCGUCACUGCUCAGGGAAUAUUGCCAGAACACGCCAAAAAUGAGGCACAUAAGGUGUUGCACAGUUUGCACUUGUCUAAAUCGGUCAACAGCUCUUACACCUUUAUUGACAAACCAGACAAUGUCGUUCGAAUUCCAGACGUUGACAACCAAAUGGUGCAGUCAAAACUGGCAACGAAACGCAAAUACAAGAAAUCUCCAAGACGAACGGUGCAAAAAAUUAUUAAAAAGGUAAGAAAGGCAAAAAAAGCUUUAAAUCAACUGACGAGUGUACCAACUACUGAAAUUCCUUAUGAAGAUAAACAAGAACAGCAACAACUAGAUGAAGUCCAAACUACACAAGCCGUACCUAAGAAAAAGGCGAAAAAAUGGAAGGGAAAGAUAGCAAGGUACCCAAUGCCCUUUCAAAAGUUACAAUCUUUUAGAAGGGAUACUCUAAGCACCCAUCACAGAUUCCGAAGAAACGAUGAUGACCAGAGAAAGUUGUAUAUCCUACAAGAUUUUGAUGAAAUUAGAUUUAUGGGCAAUAAAAAUGGUAAUACAGCUGUCAAAGCUCACGUUAAAAAGUAUUGGUAACUUUGCAGCAGCAAAUAAUUUUAAUAUAAUUAUUUUCUUAGGAUUUUGAAUGAUUUGAAUGGGAGAAUAGAUAUUUUUUACAACAAUUAUAAUAAUGGAUAGUCGAUAAAUAAAUAAUGAUGGUUUUAAGUUAGCAGCUACGAAAAGGUCAAAGAGGUGGCUGUGAGAAAUAGAGUGGGCUACACCGACAAUAGCAUGACGCUUAAAUAGGAUAAUGAAUAAUGCUUUUAUAUAAAAAGGGAAGCUAAUUAAGACAAAGCCCAUUACAAAACUAAGUAAAAAGAGAUACUAUUAAGUUGACUAUUGUAGAACUAUCAUAAAUUGUGCAAUCGUUAAUAGUAAUUAUACAAUUACAAUACUAUAAGUUAGAUAGACAGAAAACUCGUUAUUUGCUGAAUCACAGCACUUUGAGUGAUAAAAGAAGAAGGUUUGUGGGUAUAGUCUGGAGUGUUAUAUGGGGUGGAGAGUUGAGUGUACUGUAUCAGCAUAAAGGCCUAACUCAGCAUCAACUACGACAAUGAUGAUUCUGCCAGGUCCUAAGGUGAGCCGGUAAUAUGGCUGUAAUCAGGUUUGCAAUGCUAUGCAUAUUGACGUGAAUUGUUAGUAGAAUUCGUUAAAUUUAGGUUACUUUAACAGUAAAGAAACAUACUUAAUGUUAAAAAGUCAUGGACAUUCCCAAUGAAUACAACAAAUAUAAGUAUGUAUAUCAGGGCGUAGUCGUUAAGUGUGCCCAGGCGUUUAUUCCGUUAAUAAAAAAUGUAUCAAAAACUUUUAAACUGAUAUCGAAAUACCUAGUGCCUAAAACGACAACUAUAACUUUUUUAAAAUAAAACUAAAAAUAUCCACAAAAAGCUCCUAUACAUAAAAAAUGUCAGAAGAAAGGUUCAGUUUUUAACAAUUGCUUUGAAUACAUAAUUUUGUAC